GACCAAGUCAAACCAGCCGGUCGAAUGAAAUUGCAAAUGAACAAAUGUGGCACUUGAAACAAGCUUACAAGCAUUAUAUUGAUCAGCACACUUUUUAUGAAUUGGUGGUCAAGAUAAUAUCUUCUAUCAUUAGGUGUAUACUUGCGUGUUAGUAUUCUCUACUAUCAGACGGUGUUUUUUAUUUGUUCAUGGGGUUAAACACUUUCUCCCCCAUCCUUUUUUCAGUAUAAAUAGAGGUUGAUCCCAAGCUUAUUUCUUCAAGCUAAAACAUAUAUACAUUGAAAACAACUAAGCAUAAAAAGUUAAAAACUAGUCAUGGCUAAGUCUGCUACCAUCGUUACCUUUUUUUUCGCUGCUCUUGUUUUCUUUGCUGCUCUUGAAGCGCCAACAAUGGUGGAAGCACAGAAAUUAUGCGAGAGACCAAGUGGAACAUGGUCAGGAGUUUGCGGAAACAAUAAUGCAUGCAAGAAUCAGUGCAUUAGACUUGAGAAAGCACGACAUGGAUCUUGCAACUAUGUCUUCCCAGCUCACAAAUGUAUCUGCUACUUCCCAUGUUAAUCUACUAUUUCCUAUGUUAAUCUACCAAAAACUCUUAGUGCUUAAUUAUAAGUGUAAUUUUAUAAAAUAAGUAUGUGUCACUCUAUAAGUGGUAUUAUGACAUGUACCAGAUAUGUUUAUGUUGCUUUGUUAUAAUAAGAUAAAACUUUUACGUACGACA